UGUGCUUUAAGAGUUGGCUCAUUCAACAAAAAUCGAUGGCUCUUGAUUAGCGCAGACAACAAACGAGAACGCGACAUGGCCGAGCACAGCACAAGCUACGAGCAGGAAUGCCAACGUGCUGAAUUGCUGGGCAUCCAGCCGCCAGAUCAAGCUGAGUUUGAGCGACUUCGCAGCGAACGCAUCGAGCAGCAGCUGGCCGAGCAGGAGGCAGCCGAGGCGAAUGCCCUGGAACAGCAGGAGGAACAGCUACGUGGCGCUGGUGGCAAACUGGAUGAGUUGAAUAGCAUUCUAUCGAGCACACAGCAACGCUUGAAUCGCUUCAAGCAGACAGCAUGCGGCAGUCUAAGCAACAUUUUUGCCCGUGGCGGCAGCUUUAGUGGUGCCAGUGGCACUGCCGGCUCCAUGGACAUACCUGGAAGUAGCCAGGAGGAAGAGCAGCAGCAGCAGCAGCCGCCAGUGCAACGGCAGCCACAGCCAAUGGCGCCAACGGCGGCCCAAGUGAGCGCCGCGAAGGCAGCGCAACAAAAGCGCAUGGAUGGACAGUUAGACAAGUUGGAUGCGUUAAUCAAUAAGGCAGAUAAUGCCCAACUGGCGAUGAGUGAGCAGACUAAGCAGAUGCGUCGCAUGGCCAAGUGAAUCCAUAAAAAGAGGCGAACUGCUUUUCUGGGUGGGUAACUUAAUGGAAGCGAUUCGUCUUUAUUUUGUUUUGUAUUUUUUUUGUUUUUUUGUUGAACACAUGCGUUGCCCUUAAUCACAAAAAUUAAACAUAAGUCGAGAGAUUUGCAAUCACAAAAUCUGCAAAGUGUUUCUAUACCAAAUCUAUAUAUAUAGAUAUAUAUAUAUACAAAUCUAUAAGUACUUUGUUUCGAAUUAAUACUUGUUACUAAAUAUUAUUCAAAUUUCAAUCUAAAAACAAAAUAUUAAAGUUACAUAUUCCAAAACAAAAAUUAAAAUCAAACAGAAACAAUAAA